UCCCCACUGAGGGUGUCUCUACCGGGACGGGUUGCGUGGGCUCCCCUGUCGGAUACUGGGCGCCGAGGAGGGCCAUGGUCUGCUGAGCGGCAGGGGACGCGAGGUGGGAGACGCUCAGAGACCAACUGACCAACCGGGUCUUGUGAGGGGCAGAGACAGGCCGAGCCCAGGGGGGACAGGGCUUACAGCGCUGGUGGAGCAGCCAUGGAGAACUCCCACACAAAGACCGUGGAGGAGUGUCUGGCCUACUUUGGCGUGAGCGAGAACUCUGGCCUGACGCCCGAACACGUGAAGAAGAACCUGGACAAAUACGGCCCCAACGAGCUCCCGGCAGAGGAAGGCAAGUCCAUCUGGGAGCUGGUGGUGGAGCAGUUUGAGGACCUGCUGGUGCGAAUCCUGCUGCUGGCAGCCUGCAUCUCCUUCGUGCUGGCCUGGUUUGAGGAAGGCGAGGAGACAGUCACUGCAUUCGUGGAGCCAUUCGUCAUUCUCCUGAUCCUCAUCGCCAAUGCCAUUGUAGGAGUCUGGCAGGAGAGGAACGCUGAAAAUGCCAUCGAGGCCCUGAAGGAGUAUGAACCCGAGAUGGGCAAGGUGUACCGUGCAGACAGGAAAUCUGUGCAGAGAAUCAAGGCCCGGGACAUGGUCCCUGGCGACAUUGCCGAGGUGGCUGUGGGUGACAAGGUGCCAGCUGACAUCCGGCUCCUCUCCAUCAAAUCCACCACCCUGCGUGUGGACCAGUCCAUCCUGACAGGUGAGUCUGUCUCUGUUAUCAAGCACACGGACCCUAUCCCAGACCCUCGCGCUGUCAACCAGGACAAGAAGAACAUGCUCUUCUCGGGCACCAACGUGGCAGCUGGCAAGGCUGUGGGCAUUGUCAUUGCCACGGGGGUGAGCACCGAGAUCGGGAAGAUCCGGGAUCAGAUGGCGGCCACGGAGCAGGAGAAGACGCCGCUGCAGCAGAAGCUGGAUGAGUUCGGGGAGCAGCUCUCCAAGGUCAUCUCGCUCAUCUGCGUGGCCGUCUGGCUUAUCAAUAUUGGCCACUUCAACGACCCAGUCCACGGCGGCUCCUGGAUCCGCGGUGCCAUCUACUACUUCAAGAUCGCCGUGGCCCUGGCCGUGGCCGCCAUUCCUGAAGGUCUCCCCGCCGUCAUCACCACCUGCCUGGCCCUGGGCACCCGCCGCAUGGCCAAGAAGAACGCCAUUGUCCGGAGCCUGCCGUCUGUGGAGACGCUGGGCUGCACCUCAGUCAUCUGCUCUGACAAGACCGGCACCCUCACCACCAACCAAAUGUCUGUGUGCAAGAUGUUUGUCGUUGAGAAGGUGGAGGGAGAUGUCUGUUCCCUGAAUGAGUUCAGCAUUACUGGUUCCACCUACGCCCCUGAGGGAGAAGUACUGAAGAGUGACAAGCAUGUGAAGGCUGGGCAGUACGAUGGGCUGGUUGAACUGGCCACUAUCUGUGCCCUCUGCAAUGACUCCUCCCUGGAUUACAAUGAGGCCAAGGGUGCCUAUGAGAAGGUGGGGGAAGCCACCGAGACGGCGCUGACCUGCCUGGUGGAGAAGAUGAAUGUUUUCAACACAGAUGUGCGGAGCCUGUCCAAGGUGGAGCGUGCCAAUGCCUGCAACUCUGUGAUUAAGCAGCUGAUGAAGAAGGAGUUCACCCUGGAGUUCUCCCGCGACAGGAAGUCCAUGUCCGUAUACUGCUCCCCCGCCAAGGCCUCCCGCGCAGCUGUCAGCAACAAGAUGUUCAUCAAGGGUGCCCCUGAGGGGGUUAUCGACCGCUGUAACUAUGUCCGAGUGGGCACCACCCGUGUCCCACUCACACCCCUGGUGAAAGACAAGAUCUUGACUGUCAUCAAGGAGUGGGGGACGGGGCGGGACACACUGCGCUGCCUGGCCCUGGCCACACGUGACACCCCCCCCAGGAGAGAGGACAUGGUGCUGGAGGACUCCACCAAGUUUGUCGAGUAUGAGGUGGACCUGACCUUUGUGGGCUGCGUGGGGAUGCUGGACCCACCCCGGAAGGAGGUGAUGGGCUCCAUCCAGCUGUGCCGUGACGCCGGCAUCCGUGUCAUCAUGAUCACGGGGGACAACAAGGGCACGGCCAUUGCCAUCUGCCGCCGCAUCGGGAUCUUCACCGAGGACGAGGAGGUGACGGGCAGGGCCUACACAGGCCGCGAGUUCGACGACCUGCCCCCCGCCGAGCAGCGGGAGGCCUGUAAGCGGGCCUGCUGCUUCGCCCGUGUCGAGCCCGCCCACAAGUCCAAGAUUGUGGAGUUCCUGCAGUCCUUUGAUGAGAUCACAGCCAUGACAGGCGACGGGGUGAAUGACGCCCCUGCACUGAAGAAGGCUGAGAUUGGCAUCGCCAUGGGCUCUGGCACAGCCGUGGCCAAGACGGCCUCCGAGAUGGUCCUGGCUGACGACAACUUCUCCACCAUCGUGUCCGCCGUGGAGGAGGGCAGGGCCAUCUACAACAACAUGAAGCAGUUCAUUCGCUACCUCAUUUCCUCCAAUGUGGGCGAGGUCGUCUGUAUCUUUCUCACAGCCGCCCUGGGCCUUCCAGAAGCCUUGAUCCCCGUGCAGCUGCUGUGGGUGAAUCUGGUGACUGACGGGCUCCCGGCCACUGCCCUGGGCUUCAACCCCCCAGACCUGGACAUCAUGGACAAGCCGCCCCGCAGCCCCAAGGAGCCCCUCAUCAGUGGCUGGCUCUUCUUUCGCUACAUGGCCAUUGGCGGCUACGUCGGAGCUGCUACAGUGGGUGCCGCUGCCUGGUGGUUCAUGUAUGCAGAGGAUGGUCCUGGCGUCACCUAUCACCAGCUGUCCCAUUUCAUGCAGUGCACAGAGGAAAACGUGGACUUUGAGGGGCUGGAUUGUGAAGUGUUUGAGUCACCUGUGCCCAUGACCAUGGCCCUGUCUGUGCUGGUCACCAUCGAGAUGUGCAACGCCCUCAACAGCCUGUCUGAGAACCAGUCCCUGUUGCGCAUGCCGCCCUGGGUGAACAUGUGGCUGCUGAGCUCCAUCUGCCUGUCCAUGUCCCUGCACUUUGUCAUCCUCUACGUCGACCCUCUGCCCAUGAUCUUCAAACUGACACCCCUGGACCUGACCCACUGGCUCGUGGUGCUGAAGAUCUCGUUCCCCGUCAUCCUCCUGGAUGAGGUGCUGAAAUUUAUCGCCCGGGACUACCUGGAAGCAUAAUCUCCUUUCCCUCCAUCUCCUUGAUCCUGUCUCUCAGUGGGUUUAGAAGACCCGAAGAGGAGGAAGAAGUGACACCUCUGGCCACUAGAGAAACUGCAUCUUCACUCCAACAGUGAAGAACCCCUCGGUGCCCCCUCACCUCCCCAUGAGCCUCGGCCACCACCUCUUAUUUAACAGCUGCUCCCCUCCACCAAAGGCUGCAAGCAGCCCUCCCUCUCCCCCCCAGCCGGGUGGGGUGGACAUCAUGGGGGUUUGCCUGCUGCGUUUGGAGAAUGGGGGGAAGCUCCCCCUUGCAAACUGCCUGCCCUCCUCCUGGCCUUCUAGCUACUUUGCUUCUGUACAUUUUGAGCUGCUAGUCUUUCCUAGCGGCCCCUGCCCGUCCCGCCUUCCCCCCAUUUCCUUGCUGGGCACCCAGCCCAUUCGCUGUGUUACCAGCUCACACCUAGUGACCUCUUCACUCACCGGGUGGGUUUUUUUUUAAUGCAAAAAAUAACUGAACAGACGGAAACAUUUUGUCAGGCCAAUGUGCAGCUCCCAGAGGAGGAAAUGAAGAGACUGUUCUAGCUGCUUAUUUAUUGACAUUAAAAGAUAAACUCCUUAACGCUG